AUGGCCGAGGGCAGCCAGGCUGGCGGCGCCCUCCCGCCCGAGCCCCCGGACGGCCAGGACGCCGCCAGCAUCCGAAACCUGGGUCCCGGCCUUGGUGCCGCGGAGGGACACGCAGGUCGUAAUCUCAAGGAAUGGCUGCGGGAGCAGUUCUGUGACCACCCCAUCGAGCACUGUGAGGACACCCGGUUGCACGACGCGGCCUACGUGGGGGAUUUACCCACGCUCAAGAGCCUGCUGCAAGAGGAGAGCUUCCAAAGCCGGAUCAACGAGAAGUCGGUGUGGUGCUGCGGCUGGCUGCCCUGCACGCCGCUCCGCAUCGCCGCCACCGCCGGCCACGGCCCCUGCGUGGACUUCCUCCUCCAGAAAGGGGCCGAGAUUGACCUGGUGGACGUGAAGGGACAGACUGCCCUCUACGUGGCUGUGGUCAACGGGCACCUCGAGUGCGCCAAGAUCCUCCUGGAAGCUGGGGCUGACCCCAAUGGCAGCCGGCACCACCGCAGCACCCCUGUCUACCACGCGGCACGGGUGGGCCGGGCGGACAUCCUUCGGGAGCUCAUCAGGUAUGGUGCAGAUGUGGACGUGAAUCACCACUUGGCUUCCCGGCUCCCCAGCCCUUCCUUGCGGCCUCUCACCACGCUCGUGGUCUGCCCACUGUACAUCAGUGCUGCCUACCACAACCUCCAGUGCUUUAGGUUGCUGCUCCAGGCAGGAGCCAACCCAGAUUUUAACUGCUGUGGGCCCAUCAAUAUCCAAGGCUUUUCCCGGGGCUCCCCAGUGUGCGUGAUGGACGCUGUCCUGCGGCAUGGCUGUGAAGCAGCAUUUGUCCGCCUUUUGAUUGACUUUGGAGCUAAUUUGAAUCUGGUGAAGGUGGAGGCCUUGGGAGGUGAAUCCACAGGAAGGGUCAAAGUCAACCCAGAGGCUCUGCAGGUGUUUCAAGAAGCCAGAGGCCGCACCCGGAGCCUGUUGUCCCUGUGCCGCAUAGCUGUACGAAGAAUACUUGGCAAAGGUCGUCUGGAUCUCAUCCACAUCCUUCCGAUCCCAGACCCCAUUAAACAGUUCCUACUUCAUGAACACAGUUAAAGGGCAAUCGACUGCUUUCCAGGAGAGUUUUGUUUGGUAAAUGGCUGACAAAACCAGGUGCCAAUCCUGACCCCACGGUCAAAUAUUGUACUUGCUCAUGGAGUGCACAUAAUUCCCUGUGGUUUCACCCUUUGAAUUUAGGGUGCAGUGAUUGUGUGUGUCUAUACUUAAGCUACCAGUUAUCUAACUGGUAACUUCUUGUUUGCAUUUGAUUGGGCAAUGAGGACAAGACCUGUGUGUGGCUGUUACAUGAGCAAAUACAAAAUGUCCUAUAGCUAUUAACAUGUAUCUCUUCAUUAUGACUCUACCUCUGUUGUUGCUCCAUGUUAAACGAAUCCUGGGCCUCAGUGGUACUUCUGUGUAGGAAAUGCAGGCUAUGGGAUUUCAUUUUCCUCUAGUGUGCUAGGGAGUCUCUCUCCUUCUUGGUAAGAGGUUUGCAAUGACACCGUUCUCUUUUUGGCAUCAAUAUCUGGCCUUUCCCUUCCCCAUGGAUUCUGUGAUUACUGCUGUGAAAGUGGGUGUAUUUUCUUCUGUCCUCUUCUGGUGUGAAAUGCAUCAAGUUUCGUGUCCAGUGCUCUGUGUUACUUGGAGACCUGUUUCUGUGUCUCUGCGUGCUCCAAGGUAGCUGCUGUCCUGGCUUUCUCCGUGCUGGGAACCCAYUGUGCAGAUGGGAGAGUAGCAGAACAUGUAAUCCUAUCCCAUCUACAGAGCUCCAGAUGUGCCAUGGCAUCUUGGCUUUCCCUCCAGCACUAUGAUGGAUGAGGCAAGCGGUGGCCAGUUCUCCCCAUGACUUCCUCAGACUGACCGCGUCUCACAACCACUGCCUUAGCACAAGUGGAAAAACACAUGGAGAGAAGAAGAAAAGGUAGUUUCACUGGGGAAAACAUAUAGUUAUGGGGCCUCUACAGCGUGUGGUGGUGAUGUGAUGGACCUUGAGGAUCACCACUCAYUACUGUGUGAGUCCUGGGUGAUAGGACAAGGACUGUGACACUCAACUGAGGCCAUGAAGUGAACCAGGAAGAUUUCUGGUGUAUCUUUGAGGAAAAUGAUAGCCAAACUCAUCUCUGUUCACUCUGCAGGAACAGCAGUAGYAGAAGGGUUACUAGAUUGAACUUUUGUGUUGCUGUGCUGGGUGUUAGUUGAUCCAGUAUCUAUAAAAAAUGUAUCUGUGUGAUUAUGAAGAAAAAAGACAUCAGAAAUUCUCUCUAGAUAGCCUACUUUGUUGCAACUGCAAGCAAAGGUGCAGAAAUUUCAGAGAUGCUUUCAGAGAAAGAGGAAAGACAGGAAGAAUUGUAUCUCUGUUUUUUUAUUUAAUUAUUAUUUUGAUUCUGUGGCAAGCCUGGAGCRUGGUGCUGGAAUGGCAGCCAAUGUCCAGCUAGCCUCUCAUGUAUUUGGCCUCUGUGCAGUGAUAUUAAGUUAAGGUGAUAAAAUUUGCACUGCUAAGAACUGCACUGUUGAGAACAGGCUAAACUGUGGUGGUUACAGUCAGUGUCCAGAUACCAAUGCAAAAGUUGCUUUCAGAAUCCUCCACAGAUGGGAUAUAAUGGUAAGGAUACAUAGUUAUGGGCAUGCUUUCAGGGUGGCAAGGCAGCAGSAUUGCACAGUUUUCCUUUUCAGGCKUGCAGAUGGUUUAGGUUUUCACCAUGCUGGAGGCCAAGGCAGCCCCUGAGCUUGUUGCCUGAGACUUGUGUGCUUGCUUUAUAGAAGUGUUAACAUGCCAAAAAGAUGCAAACAGGUUGUAAAGCCUCUUGUCACCUUGCUGGCAGUACCAUAAUGUUUUGCAGGARCACAGGCCAAACAGACGCUCUAGCUCCAGGGUACAGAGGCAGAAAAUGAGGGAGAUUGUCUUGAGAAGAUGCCAUGCCAACAGCUUACAUGGGCCAACCUUUUUCCCUCUGUUUUUGCACUUGAUCAGAUAAUCUUGCAGACCAAUCAAGCAUUAGUGCCUUUGGGAGGAAGUGGUAGGACAGACAUGGAGGCCAUCUGCUUCUCUGGGGAGAGCUGGCUCUGUGGUUCAAUCCCCCUGGAAUGAGGCAUAGUGGAAAGCCAGGAUAGGGGGCUUUCCCUCUUACCCAUGCAUAGACUCAAUAGCUGGUACAGGUACAAUUUCUGUGUAGGUCCCACUGGUGGGGGAAGUAAAGUGGUUUAAUACUUGGACAAAGAUACAGAUUAACUGCUAACAUACAGAUAACGCUCAAUGCACAGAUUAACAAAUCUGAAAUGUUAAUUGCAGGAUGAUAAAUAUUAAAUCUUGAAUAAAUUCAUGCUAUUCAUAGACCUUGGUGUCCUGUCCUGUAGGUACCAGUACUUUAUCCUCUGACUGCUUUAUCAGGUGGAGGAAGAAUAGUCUUCCAGUAUGAUAUCUGAGCAAUAAUAUAUGCCUAUUAUAUAGCUUCAUGCUAUAUAAGCAGCAUUUAUUCUUGCCUUAACUCAGAUUUCACCAAUCCCUUCUAGGUAGCAAAUGUAUUUUUGCUGGCUUGUUAUCCAUGAGGUGUGCUCAAGAAGUAUGAACAGCACAGGAAUAUUGUGAAGUCAGGGCUGGAAAACUAAACCAUUCUACAGUAUGCAUCACAUAUAAGGAAGAAUCCCUAUUAUACGUGUGAAUAGUAUAGAAAGAUAUGUUGAAUGGCCUUGCUAUAAAUGUGGAUGGAAUAGGAUGAUGAAUGACAAGAUUUGUAGAAGUGCCUACAGAAUCAAGACUGAUUUGCACUAAGCAAAACAGGUCCAAAAGCAGUCUUUUUCACAUGUGUUUUCUUGUUUUUGUUGCUGUAGGGGAUUUCCAGAGCACAAAAAGCUGGUAACUGGUUAUACCCUACUAUCAUUUCCUGCCACUUGAGUGAGUUUUGCAAAAGGCCAAAGAACAGUAUUUUGAGGGCUGAAGUGUUUUUUUAUUCACUCUCAUAUCCAGUAAAGUAUAUUUUGCACUCAAAAGCAGCCUUUGAGUUGCAGCAUCUCUUGAGACCUUCCUGUUUCAGUGAAGGAACCAGUCUAAGGACCCACACAGGUCACAA